CCUCUCCAAUUUUUUUUUCUUCUCUCCCUCUCUCUCUCCUCAAGCCCCCAGUGUGUUUUAACCGUGUACAAGUGUGUGUGUUAUGUCAACGUAACCUGCGGCAGCACUGCCGCCUCUUUAGUAAUUAACCAAACAAAAUGGACACCAAGAUAACGAUUAAACGAAUGCCCGUGAGAUUUUUUUAAAUGGAAUAUACGGCAGAAUGGAUUCACGAUAAAUAACUUGCGCUCGAAUCCUUUUAAUCUGAAAACGAAUUCGUUUGGGAUUUAAAGUCUCUGUUGGUCGGAACGGUUCAACGUCUUUGUACUUUACUUGUAUUUUACACAACAACGAGAGGUACCCGAGACACUCGUGUGCAAAGAAAGGAAAAGAGAGAGACGUGAAAUGGGGAAAAAAAAAAGGAGGAGAUGAGAGAGAGAUGAGAGAGAGUGAGACAUCGGGCAACGGGAGAAUCACAGGACGCUAUUGGUUAAUCAAGUAUCCUGCGGCUCAAUGCUGCUUUAUAAGACUAUUCACCCAAAAGAAUCAAUGAUGGGUACGCCAGUGACAAUACAAAGAAUCGUGAAAUAUCCUCUUGAGCCUGAGAUGGAGGCGAAGAGUCGUGAAGCGUAAUAGAGACAUGGACUCGUACGAUCUAUUUGGAGAAGAUGUCAGUGGCUCGAUGCUCGAUGCGCUACCUGAUCUUGGGGGAAAUGAUCAUUUUGAUCCGUCGGGUGCUACAAAUACUGGUGUAGCAAGAGAUGGGGCUAAUACAGGUCCCAACGGUGGUGGGAGUUACAUUAAUCCGCCCUACAGUAUUUCACAAGAAUCUCCAUUACAAAAAUUAACAUCAUUCGGUGGUGGUGAACAAUUUGGCAGUGGUAAUCAAUUACAAAGUACAGGUGGACAAAGAGCCAUGUUUAAUCAGAAUUUGGGUAAUUUUGAUGGUGGUGCUCCACAGAGGGCAAUGGUACCAGGUACAUUUGCUAAUCAAGUUAGAGGUAUGGGGCCACAGCACAGAGCUCCACAUCCUCAAAAUCCAAAUCAAUAUCCUGGUUAUUCAGACAAUAUGUAUUCAAUGGAGCAACAGCAUCCAAUGGCACGUGGCAAUAUUAGUAUGGAUCCUAAUAUGCAGGGUUGGCCAAGUGCUGGUGGUACUUAUUCACAAAUGCAGAGGCAUUAUAAUCAGAUGGCACCACAGCCAGCUGCUUAUAGACAGCAUAUACCCCAGUAUUCACAUCAGCAGGAUCAAGCAAAUAUUAAUCAAAAAAUCCAACAACAACAGCAACAACAACAACAGCAUUUCAAUGCACAGCAGGGAAUGCUGAGUAGUAUGGGUGUACCACAUCAGGCUAUGCAGCCUGGUGGUACAGCUGGUGUUUAUCAACACAUGGUAGGGCAACAACAGCACUAUCAACAGAGUAAUCCAGCUCUUUAUCAAGCGGCUAGUGGUUACUCAGGGUUUACAAUGCAUCAGCAACAACAAGCCCAACAACAAGCUCAGGCUCAACAACAACCACAACGAAUGCCACAUCAUCAUCCGUCCCAUGCGACACAUCAAACUCAUCCGUCGCAUCCACAAUAUCCUCAGCAUCCUCAGCAUCCUGUGAGUCAAGCUAGUAUGGAGACACAGCCACAGUAUCCUCAUCAUACAGCCCCGAUGUUCAAUCAGCCCCAGCUUCAACAUCCAGGCGGUCAUCCAGGCCCCCAAAUACCCCCUCAACAUCCACCCCAACUUCCUCCACAGCAUCCACCACAACAUCCUCCUCAACAUCCACCCCAGCAUCCUCCACAGCAUCCAGGUCAACAGCAUCCUGGUCCACAACAUGCUGGACAAACUGGACAAUUUGGCCCAACAAAAUUGGCAACAAGUCCCCAAUAUAGAGCUGCAUUUCCACAAUUAUCACCUCAAAUGUCACCAAGACCACAAAUGUCACCUAGACCACCAGCUGUACAACAACAAAUGUCACCAAGACCGAUAAUGUCACCAGCAAAACCAACAACAUUGUCUCCUCAUCCACAUGUACAAAUGCCUCAUCAACAGGCAGGUCCUCCAAAUGCUGUAUCAGUAUCUCCAUGCCCACCAUCAAUGACAAUGCCAACAUCAACCCAACAAACGACCCUUCAAGCACUGGAGCAAAUGGUGAUACCUGGUGUACCAAAUUCAAAUGUACCAGGCAGUGAUUAUCCUCAAUUUCAAUCGAGACCACCUAUACCACAUCCAUCGAGUAUAAUGCCACAACAGAACGCACAAAAUUCAAUGCCACCUGUGACAGGUCCGCGAAUGCCUAUGCCAUCGCAGUGGCCACAUCAGCAGACCCAACAGCCACCACAGCAACAACCAUCACAACAGCCACCACAGCAGCAGCAACCGCCGCAACCCCAGCAGCCACCGCAGCAACCCCAACAGCAAUCAGUAGCACCAACUCAACAGCAACCAUCCCAGCCCCAUCAGGCACCACCUCCACCCCAGCCCCAGACAAGGCCAGCCAUGGGAAUCGACCGAAUGAUGGAGCAACAGCCCUCAGAGUCAAUGUUCCCCGUGAAUGGUAAUGACAAUAUUCAUGGUGUUGUUGAGACAACGACACGUGAUGAUAAUCCAAGUAUAAAUCAAUCACAAUCACCUGACACUGUUGAACCUGUAAAACAAUCACCAGAAUUGCUCACACAGGAGCCAGUGUUAAAUACCUCACAGUUAAACCUUCCCAUUGAUCAACCACAAACAGUUAAACCGUCAAUUGAACCAGUACAAUCAUUACCAGCGUCCAGUACAAGUGGAAAUGUUGAGUGUAGUACACCAUCACCACUGAUGCAAUCUCAGGUGGAGGUGGCACCAGCUGUCUCCACUGACAACGAAGCAUCGGACAAGGUCAACGAACAAUCAUCCGAGGUCAAUACUUCCCAGCAUUCAGUCGGCCCAAGUAUACCUCAGUUCCAUGAUAAUCAGGCUCACAUGGCCCAAGUGGCACCAGUGAGUCAGUCUCAGAUAAAUCAAUCACAAACCCUGAGCCAGUCUCAGCCCCAAAUACCUCAGCAACCUUCGCAAACUCAGGGACAACAGGCCCAGCUGCCACAGACCCCACCGAUGUCCCAGCCCCAGUCUCAAAUUCAGCAGCAGUCUCCAAUGAGCCAAUCCCAGCCACAAAUUACCCAACCUCCAGUGAGCCAGUCUCCCCAGCAAUCGACACAGCCACAAAUACCCCAGCCCCAGACUCAGAUGACAGCCCAGCCUCAGCCACAGACACAAUCACCCCUGAUGUCAAGUCAACCUCCAUCUCACAUGAAUCAAGUCAACAUGAUACCUACCAGCAACUCAAUGAUUCCCCAGAUGCCACCGAUCUCCACUCAAAUAACUCAGGCAAAUUCUGUGACACCAGCUCACAUAACCCCACAACAAUUGCCAGGUGGUCCACUUCCCCCUCAUCAAACAGCUGUUCCAAUAACUAAUAAUCAGCCACCACCACCUCACACGAUGCAACCUUGUGGUUUCGGUGAAUAUACAAAUAUCCAGAAGCCGAUCUAUCAGAGUGACAUGAUCGCGGGCUCUGGACAGCAGUAUCACGGUACCGAUAUAAUUCCAGGUAGUAUGCCAAAUAUGUACGGUAUGUCAACACCCAGUGGUGCCUUCAACAAUGCUCAUGCACCAGUCACUCAUCAUCAGGAGCGUGCAGCACUCCAGCAGCAGCUCCAGGAGUUGUUCUGUAUGCCUCCAGCUCAGGAGAAUCAGGAAAAAAUUGUUGCCCUCCAGGAGAAACUCCAAGCACUCCAACAGCACGAGACCAAUGAUCAGUGUAAUGGGGGUCCUGGGUGUAUUCUGACAACUCCAAUGUUCCUAUCAACAGUUGUUGACAGCCCCCAGGUGUCCAGUACAACUGGCAGAGGGAGGAGUAAAGGUGCUCCAAGAGCGAAGAAGAAUCGUAAGAAGGCUGAUAAAGAGGCAGCAGCGCCUAUAACGAGUCAACCGGUACCAGCACCUGAACAACCAGUCUCGGAGAAUCUAGUCACACCUGGCGACAGUAGUAUCGCUGACAGUGUUGCUGAUUCCGAGGACAAUAAACCGUCUUCCGGGGAUCAUGAGGAGGAAUGGAAUAAAACGAGAAAGUCUAGGGUACCGAGAAAACCGAGAAAACCGAAGGAGCCAAAGGAACCUAAAGAAACUAAAAUAAAGAAGGAAAAGGUACCGAAGGAGGCGAAAUCACCCAAAGGCAGAAAGAAGAAGGAUAAGGAGGGACGAGAGAGCUCUAAACGAGGGAGGAAGAAGGUCAUUGUAUCUGAUUCAGCUGAUGAAGAAGUUGGUGAAGAUCACGAGGAUGUGUCGGAGUCUGUGGCUGUGCAGGACGCAGACGUUAAGUCCAGUGAGCCUCCAAUCCAGGAUGAUCAGGAGCACGUAGAUUCGUCGACGACUGAACCGAUUCAAACCGACACCAAGGAGGAGGGGGAUGACAAAGGGGAUAAUGAGGAAGCAGCUGACGAGGACGAGAAGAAGGAGGAAGUGAGGGAGGCUGCAGCUGUUGAAACAGCAACACCUGCCAAGAAGAAGUCAUCGCGUAAACGAUCUGUAGGCGGCAAGGGCACGUCAUCGAGAACGCCGAGGGCUUCGAAGAAACGAAAGAGCAGAAUUGCUCCUGAUUCUGAUGGCGAGGAACUUGCAACCACUCCGCCACCUUCACCAGAAGCCGAUGACACUAAUAAACGCAGGUCGUCUCGUAAUACCCAUAGAAAGAAAUACGUUGAUGAUGUCAUGCUGAGGUUCUCGGAUGAGGAAAUGCCAGCACCAGAUGCUAAGAAGUCUGAUGGUUCUGCAGCUAAACCUACUUCGACAAAACGCGAGAAUGAAGGUGGCGAUGUGGGUCCUAACAAACCAAACUUUGUGUAUAUAAAUACUACUGACGAAGACUCGAUGGUUGUGCAGCACAUUCUCUGCAUGAGGAUGGGUAAGAGAGAGGUUAAGCCAAUAGUUGUUGCUGAAGUGAAGCCUGAAGAGGGUAAUAAAGAGAAGAGUGAGGAGAAUAAGGAAGAAACUGACAAUGCUGAGGCUGAGAAGAAGGCGGAGGAUCCUGAGAAGGGAGAACAUGGCGAUGAAAAGCCAGAGGGCGAGGAGGAGGAUGAGGAUAAAGAAGCUAAAGCUGAAGCUGAAGAAAAAACAGAGAAGGGGACAGAGGAAGACGACAAUCAACCUAAGAAAACCGAAGACGAGGAUACGGAAAAGAACGAGGACAAGAAGCUCGAUGAUGACAAACCCAAGGCUGAUGAAACAGAGCCGCAGGAGCCUGAGAGCACAGCGACAGAACCUCAAGAGGAAGUGAAACCCCAGAUCAUUGAGGUUGAGGAGUACCUCGUGAAGUACAGGAAUUUUUCGUACCUCCACUGUGAAUGGAGAACAGAGGAGGAACUGUACAAAGGUGACAAGAGAAUUCAAGCGAAACUGAAGAGAUUUAAGCAGAAGCUUCAACAGAGCACCAACAUCUUCGAGAACACUGAGGAUGAUCCAUUCAAUCCUGACUUUGUCGAAGUUGAUCGAGUCCUGGAUGAAGCCACUCACACAGAUCCAACGACAGGUGAGACAGUCAGGCAUUACCUGGUGAAAUGGCGAUCGUUGCAGUAUGAGGACUCCACCUGGGAGCUCGAAGAGGAUGUGGACUCGGAGAAGAUUGCUCAGUUCAGGAAGUUCAAUAAGCUACCUUCCAAGGACCAGUGGAAACCGAAGAAAAAGCCUGUCGCUGCUCAGUGGCAGAAACUGGACGAGUCUCCAAUUUAUAAAUCAGGAAACAGUCUGAGGCCUUAUCAACUUGAGGGGUUGAACUGGUUGUUGUUCUCAUGGUACAACGGCCACAACUGUAUCCUGGCUGAUGAGAUGGGUUUGGGAAAGACUAUUCAGUCGUUAACCUUUGUGGAUGCUGUCUAUAAAUAUGGUAUACGUGGACCUUUCCUGAUAAUUGCUCCACUGUCAACCAUUCCCAACUGGCAGAGGGAGUUCGAGGGCUGGACUGAUAUGAAUGUCGUUGUCUAUCAUGGAUCCGCAGCUAGUCGUACGAUGCUACAGGAGUACGAGGUGUAUUACAAGAACGACAAGGGGAAUCAGAUCAAGGACCUCAUAAAGUUCAACGUUUUGAUCACAACAUUUGAGAUCAUCAUCACUGAUUUUAAUGAACUGAAGGGUUACAACUGGCGUCUCUGUGUGAUUGACGAGGCUCACAGACUGAAGAACAGAAACUGCAAGCUCCUGGAGGGACUCAGGCAGCUGAGCCUUGAGCACAGGGUACUACUGUCUGGUACUCCACUCCAGAACAACGUAAAUGAACUUUUUUCACUUCUCAAUUUCCUGGAGCCCAAUCAGUUCGCAAGCAACGAGGCCUUUUUGAAGGAAUUCGGUAACUUGAGUAGUGAGGGUGAAGUUAAUAAACUUCAACUCCUGCUCAAGCCCAUGAUGCUGAGGAGGCUGAAGGAGGACGUGGAGAAGUCACUUGCGCCCAAAGAAGAGACUGUCGUCGAGGUUGAACUCACCAAUAUUCAGAAAAAGUAUUACAGGGGAAUUCUCGAACGAAAUUUUUCAUUUCUUGCGAAAGGUACUACCUCAGCUAACAUUCCCAAUCUCAUGAACACAAUGAUGGAGUUGAGAAAGUGCUGUAUACAUCCAUUCUUGCUGAAUGGGGCUGAGGACCAGAUACAGCUGGACUACAAGACUGGAGAGAAAGAGGAUUCUGAUGCCUAUUACCACGCUUUGGUCAACAGUUCUGGUAAAAUGGUGCUCGUUGAUAAAUUACUACCCAAACUAAAGGCUGGUGGACACAGGGUACUAGUGUUCAGUCAGAUGGUGAAGUGUCUGGACCUUCUAGAGGAUUAUCUGGUCUACAAGAAGUAUCCCUACGAGAGGAUCGACGGCAGAAUUAGAGGAAAUUUGAGACAAGCUGCUAUUGACAGGUAUAGCAAACCUGACUCAGACAGAUUUGUCUUUCUCCUUUGCACCAAGGCCGGUGGUCUUGGUAUCAAUCUGACAGCUGCUGACACUGUCAUCAUUUACGACAGCGAUUGGAAUCCUCAGAAUGACUUGCAGGCACAAGCCAGGUGCCACAGAAUUGGACAGCAGAAGAUGGUAAAGGUCUAUCGUCUUCUCUGUCGAAAUACUUAUGAACGAGAGAUGUUCGAUAAGGCAUCGAUGAAGCUGGGCCUUGACAAGGCCAUCCUUCAGUCUAUGAACACAGCCCAGGGGUCUGGUGGUAAGGAUCCGGGGAAUAAACAACUGACGAAGAAGGAGAUCGAGGAUUUACUGAAGAAGGGGGCUUAUGGGGCCAUCAUGGAUGAUGACACUGCUGGGGAUAAAUUUUGUGAGGAGGAUAUCGAUCAGAUUCUUGAGCGAAGGACUCAGGUCAUCACUAUCGAGGCAGAGAAGGGCUCAACUUUCUCCAAGGCUAGCUUUGCCUGUGCCUCCAAUCGAUCUGAUAUCAAUAUUGAUGAUCCUGACUUCUGGAACAAGUGGGCGAAGAAAGCUGAGAUUGAUACAACUGAGAAGAAGGAGGAGGAGGAUCUCGUUAUCUCGGAACCCAGGAGAAGGACACAGAUUAAACGAUAUGGACAUGAUGAAUCUGUUGUUGAUAUGUCCGAACUUGAUAGCUCUGAUGACAGCGAUGACGAUGGGGGAUUAACAGGUAGAGGGAAAAAAAGGCGAGAUAAAUUUGGAAAGAAGAAGAAAUACUGUGACGAGUAUGUGCCAAGAGAGGGUGAAGUUGUGUACGGUAGCUGGGCGAGAAGUGAGUGCUUCAAAGUCGAGCGUGGAUUACUGACAUUUGGCUGGGGACGUUGGGAGGAAAUUCUUCAGCACAGCCAACUACGACGUGGCUGGCGUGAAAUUGAUAUCGAGGAUUGUGCUCGUGUCAUUCUCCUAUACUGCCUACGUUAUUACCGGGGUGAUGAGAAAAUUCGUAGCUUUAUAUGGGAUUUGAUAACACCUCUGGAGAAUGGGGAGAAGGUGAAGACCAUUACGAUUAAUCAGGCGAAUAGGAACAGCAGAAAUAAGAAGAAGAAUUGUCGGGUGAGAGAGGGUACGAGGGAGACGAGGGGUUCAACUAUCAAUGGGGGACCCAGUGAUCCCAAUCAUUGGAGUCAUGCCGAGAAGUACGAUGGUGACAUCUUCCUCGAGAGCACCUACAGAAAACAUCUCAGCAGACAUGCAACCAAGGUACUUUUACGAGUCCGUAUGCUGUACUACAUCAAGCACGAGAUAAUUGGUGACCUGGUGCAGCACAUAUCGGACGGUGUACACGUGAGUGCGUUGCGGAUAGAUCCUCCUCAGUUACCGGAACGACCAACGAAAUGGUGGGACGCUAUGGCUGACAAGUCACUAAUUGUUGGCUGCUACAAACAUGGAUACGAGAAUUACGACCAGAUGAGGGCCGAUCCCACGCUUUCUUUCAUUUCAAGCUGCCCUCUCCCUUCCCAGACACAGACCAACCAAACAGAACAACCAAAGGAGGACAGUAUUGAUCAGGAGAUAGAAGAUGGUGAGUCUUCGGGGACCCAGAAAGAUGGCAAGGAUGUUGAUAAAUUCGGCAGGGAGACACCAGCUGAUUCGCCAGCGAUAUCUAGCAAGGCAGACACUCCAGUUCCAGAGGCUAGUAGUAGCCACGAUGGGACUGAGAUACUCCUUGACGAUGAUAAGACGUGGCCGUCAGUGGUUGAUCUCAAUACCCGACUACGAAGAGUCAUCUCUUCUUAUCAAAGGACUGUUGGUAAGAAGGAGGAGAUCAACAAGACUCUACCCAAGGGGAUGAAGCCAGCUAUGGAGAUCGAGAUGACCAAUCAGGCUGGAACAAAUACUGGAGAUAAUCCACUCACUGCACAGGGAUGGGAUCUUCAGCAGCUGGCUAUGUAUCUCUUGAAAAUGGAAAGGCGAGAGAAAAUGGAGCAAUUGGUGAAGGAGCGCGAGCGCUCUCGUGUUGAGGAGCAGAAGGCCAAGUGGACCCGUAGAGAAGAAAGUGAGUUUCUUCGUGUGGUCUCUACAUACGGUGUUAAUUAUGAUCGUAAAAAAGCUCAGUAUGACUGGACGAAAUUCAAGAGCCUAGCCAGGUUCGACAAAAAGUCGGACGCUGAUCUGACUGACUACUACAUGUCCUUCCGUGCUAUGUGCAAGAAGGCUUGUAACUCCAAAGCAGCUGAGGAGGAAGGUGUGUUCCACAUUCCAAUCGACCAGUUGAGCCCAAGCAGAGCGAGACAAAUUCUGGAUCGUGUGGAUCUUUUGAGUAAAAUUCGUGAGGAGAUUUUGUCUCACCCGCACCUGGAGGAAAGGCUAUCCCUGUGCCAGCCUUCAGGAGACACUCCAGACUGGUGGGUGCCAGGUAGACAUGACAAAGAGCUGCUUCUGGGGGCAGCCAAACACGGCCUGGGUCGCACUGACAUAACAAUCCUCAACGAUCCUGAUUUUUCCUUUCACAAAAUACUCGGUAAAAGUAUUUUCGGUGGUAUUCCACCGGCGAAGGCAGCAGCAGCCUUCGACAAAUCCGAGAAAGCCAUUAAAAUCGAGAACCGCGAUGACAUUUUGAAGUUCGAUAAGGACGAGAUUUUAGUGAAGUUGGAGAAGGGAGAGGGCACCCUGAAGAUCGAGAAAGUGGGUUUCAAACGAGACAGUUCCCUUCCACCGUCUGAUAAAAAGCCCGAAGUCCCGGAGAAGGGGAGAGUUGAGCUAACAAUCGUCAAGGCCGAGACUAAAAUUGAGGAGAAGAUCCCCAAGAGUGGAUUGACCAUCACGAGUGUAUCAGCAAAGUCUCCUGAAGCUGCUAAAAGCUCAGAAGUCCCUGCAGAAGUUGUUAAACCGACUGAAGAGACUCCUGAGCCCGCACAAGAUCAAGAUAAAUCAGUUGACAGUGAUGAGAAGAGACCGGAGCCCAAAGUCACUGAUUCAGGAGGUGAAAAAGCGCCUGAGGAUGCUGAUAAAUCUGAAGAUAAGCCUGAGAAAUCUGAGGAGCAGGAAGCCGAAAGAUCUGAAGGUGAGUGUAAAACGGUGGAAGCUGAGGUUAAGGAAAAUGAAAAAGUCGAGACAGAGCCGUAUCCUGAAGAAGAAAAAAGUAAAUCUGAUGAGGGAUCAUCAAAAGAGCCAUCUGAAACUUCCGAAGAACCAAAAUCCUCGGAGGAACCUCCCUCAGACUUGCCGACGUCUGAGGAAGGUGAGAAGACCUCUUCAGAGGUCGAGAAAGCUGAAGUUACUGAGAACAUGGAGGUGGAGACUGCCGAGAUUGCAGGCUCCCCUUCAAAAGCCCAAUCAGAAGAGAGUCCCGAUAACCCUCAGGUAGGGAAACCAUCAGAAGAUUCAAAAAUGGAGGUGGAGGAAUCCCUAGAGGCCUCUAAACCCUCAGAAAAUCCAGAAGAAACUCCGUCAAAGAGCUCAGAUUCACCCCCAACUAAUGCAGAACCCUCAGUUGAAGAGAAGUCAACAGAGGCUGAUGAGAAAUCCCUGGAGAAGUCUGUAGAGAAGCCCGACAGGACCUCGCAGACUUCUCCAGCUGUUGAAGCAAAGCCAGAGGAGUCAAUCUCAGUAAAAGAGGAACAGCACGAGAUAUCCGAGGAAAAAAUCGAAAAAGAAGCUGGAAAAAUUCCAAAAAUCGAGGACAAGGGAAGCAUCCAAGCAGCUGAGCUCAAGGCAAUGUUCCCAGACCUCGAGGUUAUCCAGCCCCUGUCUCGAUUAACUCAGAUCGAUACAUUCGUUCUCAGAGAUAAGUCAGACUAUCCAGAGCCAACAAUGCCCCCUCUGCUCUCUCAUAACUACCCAUCAUCAGUGAAAUGGCCAAAAGAACAUGCUGUUGAGGCCAGACUAAUGCACAUUGUCCACGCUAUUGAGCACAAAGAGUGGCCAGUGGCUAUGAACUUCACAGCUGGUGAUGAGGUAGAGAUAAUACCAACCGAAAAAGACAACUCAGAGGUUAUCACAAUCACGACUGAUCACGGUGUGUCUAGGGCUCUGGCAGCCACCACCAACAAUCUGUCCUCUAAAAAACGAAAGAGACACAUUGCCAUUGAUGUUGAAACUGAGAGGGCAAAAUUGCAUGCUUUGCUGAAUAGUAGCCACAUGGCCCAGCCCCCUCAGGCCCUCAGCAAGCCCUCAGUACUGUCAGGCUCUUGGGAUUUAACCGAGGAAUCGCAGUCAGAGGACUCGAGACGAUCAACACCUCAGCCACCACCUGCCCAUCAACAGACGAGAAAUCCAGCUCCAUUUGAUCUGAAGUACACAGUCCCUGGCAAGACAACGAUUAUUCCAGGUACCUCCAGUACAUUAACACCAAUAGAUCUCUCAGCUGGCUACAUGAAGACCACCAAUGAGCCUAAUAAGGACAUCAUGAACGAGGUGCAAGACUUUUCCAUGCCCAGCAAGAACAAACAGCCGAGUAGUAACAAGGGUAAACUGGACAGUAUGCUGGAUAAACUCAUGAAGAGGAAGAAUGUACCCAUUGACGAGCCAGUAAUUGGUAAAGAGAAAAAACGUAGAAAAUUGGAUGAGAUAGUGCUUGGUCUGAGUGCAGCCAAAGAGCAACAGGGCAGCCACUUCCCAGAACACAACAAGAAGAGUACAAUAACUCCAAAUGUGACAGUGACUCCGACAUCAGCCCCAAUAGGGCUUCCAACACCACCAGCACCAGCUCAAAAGCCAUUCUCAAUAACAGUGACAUCAAUACCAUCGUCACGUGCAUCAUCGUCGAGCCAUCAACAACCACCUCCAUCCCUUCAUUCACACAAAGACAGUUUUUCAGCGCUGCUGGCGCAGGCUGAACAGCAGAAUCGCGAUUUGAAGAAGCAACAGCAGCUUCAUCAGGCCCACACUAGCCAGUCUAAUCAGCAGUUGCAACAACAGCUGCAGCAGCAACAGCAGGCAUUCAAUUCUGCCCACAUGUCAUCGGGCGGUCAUCGAAAGAGUUACGAAGCGAUGAUUGCUGAUAUUAAUAAGGUGGCUGAAUACUCAACAAAAAUAGGGAGUUAUUCACACGAGGCAAAAGUCAAUAAGUGGCUUGCUGAACAAACAGCAAUGUCUGAUCAAUUGUCAGCUGAAUAUUUAAAUGCACCAAGACGACGUCGUCCGCGUGUUGAUCCAUCCCUCCUUGACUGGAAGAAGCUAACUGGUGAAGAGAAUGUUGCUGUGAUUAACCGUUUAACUGGUAAGAAAGUAACUGGCAGUAAAGCACCACAAUUGAAACGUCUUGGCCAGUGGUUAAUGGAGAAUCCCAUGUUCGAUGUAGAUCCAAAGUGGGCUGAAUUGGUGAAGGAACGUGGCAACUUACCACACGAUUUGCAGAAGAGACUGCCAGGACAAGAGAGAAGCAGUAGUAAAGGUAAAACACCGGGUAGGCCACCAAUGAUGCCCAGCCCGACCAGCCAACAGCAAACCAGUCAAAAUUUAGCAGCAACAUCAAUGGCAUCACAACUCAAUUUCCCAGGUCUUGGUAAUCUUAAUAAUUCAUUAUUAUCAGGGUUAUCGUUGGGUAAUUUUGAUCCAAAGAAUAAUCCACUGUUGAUGCCAUUCGGUGGAUUACCUAAUUUGGGAGCACUUGGGGGUCUUGGUAAUUUGGGUAAUCUCAGUAAUAUGAGUUUAACCAAUUCACUUUUUGCCAAUCUUGCUGGUCUUGGUUUACCAUCACUGGCUGGUAUGGAGGCACUUAGUGCAUCAGCAGCAACAAGUUCUGCUGAUACUAAUGUUGUUAAUUCGUCGAGUAAAACGACUACAACGAGCACCAGUAGUUCUAGUAAAUCAAGGUCUAAACAGAUGGAACCACCAACAUCAAAGUCAUCAGUACCAUCGACAUCGUCAAAUUCAUUACCCACUACUUCACCAUUCCCAUUUUUCUUCCCGAAUCCAAGUUUACUUUAUACACCACUUGGUCUUGGUGGAUUGAAUCCAUUUUCAAUGCAACCUGGUGGUGUAUCAUCGGCUUAUGAGAGUCUGGCACAGUGUGGACUGUUGAAUCCCCCCACAUCAACUGCCUCGACCUCCAGGAAGUCUACAUCCUCCACCAGCAGCAGUUCGAGACGAGAGUCCACUGCUGACAUGUUAAAACGUAAGGAUGCUGAAAAAAAAUCGUCCAGCGCUGCCUCCAGGUAUCAGAUGGACUCCUCCCUAGCGUUGCAGGCAUAUACAGACGCCAUUCAUGCUGAGGAGAGGAGGAGAAGUGAAGCUGAGAAGAAGGAGGCCCUCGAGCACAGUGACAUUGCUGAUCUUUCAGCGAGAAUGGAACGAAAGAGCAAAGAGCAGGAGAUGAAAGAGGCACUGGAACAAUUGAGUAGAACCAGUGCUGAAUUAUUUACCCGAACCAUUGAGGAUACCCAGAGACCCCAAAAAAGAAGUAGAACUUCUGAGCCUGUCCAGGAGACAGCAGUACCAGCUUCCCUCGAGGUCACUCUAGAACCUGUGAUGAAGAAGAGUCGAGUGGAGCCAGAGCAAAAGCCACCUUCCACGUCGUCCUUCAGUGACCUUGUUGAAGAGUCCCCAACUAAGACAACUAAAUCCCAUACACCAUCAUCAACACCAGCAUCAACACCUCAACCAACACCUGCAUCAACCCCCACACCAAUGACACCAGCACCCAGACAGACUACACCGCAACCCCAGGAGGAGUCCAAUACUUCACUGAAUACAUCAUUAAAUACUUCAUCAAAUAGUAAUAAAGAGUCAGUGGAGUCUCAUUCUGAGGAGAUCAAGGAGCCGUCCUCGACAAAUUCAAAAGUAGAGAGCACAAAGUCAAGUAUUGAACAUGAAGAGGAGGCAAAGGCCAAGUCAGCUGGUAAAAAAUCAAGGGGUGCUAAACGAGUGACUGUUGAACCACCUGUUGAGAGAAAAAAUUUGAGGUCAAGUGCUGGUAGACAAGCGAGAGCUGCGGCUGAAAGACAGGCCAGAAUGGAGGGUGAACAGCUGGCACAGCAGGCGGCUGAAGAGGCCCAAUCCAAUGAGUGAGGAAGGUCUUCACGACGCAAGAGAAAUGGGUGAUGAAAAAACAAUUUCAUAAGGUGGAAAGUGAAAUCGAAUCAUCCAGUCUUUUGACGUCAUUAAAUUAUUUGAAUAAAUCAAUUGAGUAAAAUGACUUUACAAAAUAAAACUGAAAUGAUAUUCAAGUGAAAAUAAUGAUGACACACCGAGGACUACGUGUUCGUGUAGUGAAUUUUUAAUAACAAAUUGGAUAUUAACGAGAUGAUCGCUGGAACACAUGUGUUUUUUUUUUGUGGGAAACAAACAAUUGUGUGAUAACAGCGAGAGAUUGAUUAAAUACAACGCAAUAGUAUUUUGUGGUAUAAUACAUUGUGUGGUAAUUCCUAACGAUUAGUAAUUGAAGUAAUUAGGGUUAAAGUGAGGAUAUAAUUUUUGUUAAAUUUAUUAUUCUGUAAUGAUUAUGAUUUUUUUUUCUCCUUAUCAACUUUUUAUUUUUGAUCUUAUUGGUUUACUGAGCCAGGGACUGUUUUAUAUACUGCUAUAAACAUGAUUAUAUAUUAUUAUGCAUAAUAAUAUAAUCCAUACGAUGAAAUAUUGAUUAAAGAAUAGUAAUAACUUAAUUAUGAUGAGAAUAAUUCAAUGAUAACGACAGUGAAACGAAAUGAAACUGAUAACUUGUACAUAUUUGCAGUUAAUAAUAAAUAAAAACAACAAUCUGCCUAGUUAUUGUAAACGAUUGAGGGGAAUAUGGAGAUGAUCGUGUACUUGGACAAGUGUAUAUAAUUCAGUGUACUUUUAAUUAUGAGAGAAACAAAUUAGGUGAAAUAAUAAAUGGCUUCUUUUGUUGUUUGCAAGAACGUGAUUAAAUAUUGAAUGAGAACAAUUAUAUUACUUGAA